AUGCGUGUGUGUUCGAGGCGCACAUCAUCCACACAUCAGAUACCGCAGAUCCAUCAGCCGGCAGGCAGCCAGCCGAGAAAGCCUCCGGAGCCGGGCUGCAGGCGAGACCGCUGCUCCUCGCAAGGUAGCGGAGGAGCGUCCGGCCCCUCCGAGCACCGAUGCUCUGCAGAGCGCAGCUCCAGGGAGCCCGUCGCUGCUAAGGAGGUCACCAGCAGUAGGCCCACACACCUGGGCAUCCUUUCUCCUGCUGCCCACCUGCCCGAUCCCAAAACGGAGGAGCCCACCGACCCCACCAUGUCAUCGGACCCCAGCGCCCCGCCGGCAGUGCCACCCCUACACUCCCCCAAGUCACCAGUGUGGCCCACCUUCCCCUUCCAGCGGGAGGGCAGCCGCAUCUGGGAGCGGGGCAACCUCCUUCUCCGGGACCUGCCCAGCCCCCUCCCCACCAAGAGGACCAGGACCUACUCGGCGACAGCACGUGCCUCCGCUGGCCCCAUCUUCAAGGGCGUCUGCAAGCAGUUCUCUCGCUCCCAGGGCCACGGGUUUAUCACCCCAGAGAAUGGCACUGAGGACAUUUUUGUGCAUGUGUCUGACAUCGAGGGAGAGUACGUCCCAGUGGAGGGGGACGAGGUGACGUACAAGGUCUGCCCCAUCCCUCCCAAGAACCAGAAGUUCCAGGCAGUGGAGGUGGUCCUCACCAACCUGGCGCCUCACACGAAGCACGAGACAUGGUCUGGCCAGAUCAUCGGCUCCUAG